GUAGAACCUCACAGAAAAACACAUAUUCGGAUAGGAAAAAGUGUGCUGAUUCCGAAUAUGACCUUUUUACCUCAAUUCGACUGAGUUUUCGGGGAGAAUGAUGAAGAAUAUUUGUCAUAUUUUUUAUUAGUUCUUAAAAAUACUAAUGAUUUGAGAUUUAGAUAAUAAUUGUUUGAUAAAAAUAUAUUAUCGAUAUGCUUAUCCUCUAAUUUAAUUGUUUUUAUAUUGUGUCGAAUUUUAGGUAAAAUACAAUGGGAAUAAAUAUGAAGUAAACGAUCAUCAAGAUUGGAUAAAUCAAUCGCACAUAUCAUUGUCAAGAUUUGUCAAAACAACUCGACAAAUUGAUCAAUGGAAAAAAGAUUCUAUCGAUAAAAUUAAUCAACUCGCUGAUCAAUGUCGGAGUGACGUUGUUAAAUCGCUACAUAAAAACAAGGACCAGCUUAUUGGUAGAUUUAGCAAAAUAACAAACAGAGUUCGUAAAGGUAGGGACGACGAAGGUUAUGAUGAAAGAGAUCUCAGCAAGUGGAUGGAUGACUUGAAAGAAUUAAAAGAUGAACUUAUCGAAGCAUUGAACUUCCACAUCGAAGAGGAUAAACAACAAUCCUCUUGGAUUCAAAAGAUCACACACGAAGAUUUUCACGACCAAGCAGACGCAAAAGCUGGUAACUUAUGA